AUGCUCACUGCAAGGGCCGUCCUGGUGCUCGCGAUGCUCCUCAUCCUCUCCCCACGCUAUGAUACAGCCCCUUACACCCCGGUCGAGUGCUGCUUCAGUUACGUAAAGUCCCGUCUCCGGAUGGCUAACCUGAAGGAUUUCCACACAAGUCCCAAGGAGUGUUCUUCUCCAGCAGUUGUGUUUGAGACCAGGAAUGGGACCAAGGUCUGUGCAAAGCCAGAGGUGACUUGGGUGGAGAAAGCAGUUGAGAUGCUUCAAAAAAGGAAAGGACUUAAUGCCCCAUGA